AUGGCAAAACCAAAGCCACCAACUGAGGGAACUCCGCUUUGCAAUGUAGAACACAUUGAAUUUGAAUCGAGAGCUGAUGACAUCAAAGCGGGACUUAUCGACACCUUCUUAAAUCUCCAAAGAAUUGAUACCAACCUAUAUAUCGCUCGUCAUCUACUUAAAGGUCGUCAUUCAUACAAUGCAGUUUAUGGAGGUCAAGUGGUUGGACAAUCGCUCGCUGCAGCUGCCGCAACUGUUGAGGAUUGCUUCAUCCCUCAUUCGUUACACAGCUAUUUCAUCAAGACGGGAAGCGUAGACAAGCCCAUUCUAUACAUGAUAGAUCGGAUUCGAGACGGAAGGAGUUUUUGUACAAGAGUGGUUAAAGCAGUGCAGGAUGGAGAAGCUAUAUUCUCGUGCCAGAUUAGUUUCCAUCAUAAAGAACCGGAUGCUAUCAAACACAACUCAAAAAUGCCAGAAGUGACUGCACCAGAAGCGUUACUUCCAGCCCGUGAAGCAGCUCUUGAAGCGUUGAGAAGCAAAGAUGUGGAUGAAGUGACCGCUGGGGUGAUUCAACAUUUCCUUAAAGAAAUUCCUGACGCAUUUGAGAGAGUUUUCGACGUGAGACCAGUCAACCCGGGAAAAUACUUGUUGAAGGAGGACACUGAACCAAUGUCAAUGAUUUGGAUUCGUGCCAGAGAGAAUCUAGGUGAUGACAACCGCCUGCAUCAAUGCGUUGCCGCAUAUCUCACCGACUUAAGUAUGCUAACAACAGCUGUCAGGCCGCACAUGCGUAAAGGGUUUGUCCCUUCUAUGUCUUUCUCACUGGACCAUUGUGUUUGGAUUCACGAGAACGAAUUCCGAAUGGAUGACUGGAUGUUGUAUGAGACUAUCAGUUCAAAAGCAGGAGGUAGCCGAGCAUUCAUCGAAGGCAAAUUAUGGUCUCGUGAUGGUCGUCUGAUCAUUUCAACUGCACAGGAAGCUUUGAUCAGAGCACCAAAAGUUUAG